AUGAAUAAAUCACCAAGUAGCAGUCCCAAGCAUUCAUAAUCUAACAAUCCAAGGUUUAAUAAAUAUAGAAACCUUAUAAAGAAUUCUAACUUCCAAUUGACUCAUAUUUAAAAAGAAGUAGAUGACUUGUUAAUUGCUUCUCCCAUAACAUCUUUCUCUGCUCCAAGAGGUAAGAAAUUCAAGGCUUCUUUUCGUAAAUUUCUGGCUGGAAAUAUAGAUACAAAAUAAUUGAUUGAUCAUAGCAAUUUUCCAACAACAAUAGAAAACAUGAAUGACAAAUUUGAGUAUGUCAAAUCACAUAAGGAAUCUGUUUGUUCUUUCAAAGAUUCAGUAGUCAAUAAAGAACAUUUACAAAUUAACUUAUUGGAAGAUAAAUUAGCCAAAUUGAAGAAUACCAACAAUAAAACCUAGGCUGAAAAUAAGAGAGAAAGACUUUACGAAUUAUCAUUGCAAGUAAAGAAGGACAAAAAAAAGAUGUCAAAAUAGGAGAACGCUCUAUUAAAAUGGAAGAAAAUUAAAGAUGUUAGUAAAUAUAUAUAAGAUAGGUAAUACAAAAUAAUAUACAACUCAGAAGAAUGAUUAUAGAUGAAAAAAGAAAGUAAACCAAAUUUUUAGAUAACUUAGAAAUUGCUUUUCAUAAAUCCUCCGAUUUCUACAUACAGAAUUUAAGAUUUCAUUAAUUACGUACGAUGACAGUACUCAAAGAAAAAAAACUUUCCCAUUCCAAUCACUAAAAUCUAAGUCCAAGACAUUAUCAUUUUUUGUUAAGUUUAUAAUUUAAAGACAACUCCGAUGAUUUUUUAUUUAAUCGUUUCACAACAAUUUCUGAGCAUGUUUAAAACCUUAUGAAAAGCAAUGAUUAAAUUUAUGAUCGAGUACUAAAUCUCUAUCUAAAUAAAAAGGAAAUCUAUCUGCAAUGGGUUAAAGAAUAAAAAGAAAGGAAAAGAAUCAACAGGAAAUAAAGUAAAUAAUAAUGUUCCAACGAUAUACAAACAAGCCCAUCAAAUUUAUUAGGCUUAAAUAAACAAAAACCUAUGCAGAGAGUAGAAAAUCCAUUUUAACACACAUAAAGAGUUAAGGAUUAUCAAAACAAAUUGAUAGAAUAAGUCAAUGAUAUUGAAUAAAUAGAUUAAGACUCAAAAAGUCAAUUAAAAUAAUUAUUACAAAAGAGUAACAAAAAGAAGAAUACUGAGGGUGUUAUUAAACAUAAUAGAUUUCUAUCCUAUCCUACUAAUUCCAAUAGCGAUUAAAUUGAUGAUUUCUAAGAUAACAUAUCUAAUGCUUCUAUCACAGAAGCUUUAUUGGACCAACUAUAUUCGGGAGCAAAUACUUUACAAUAGAAAAUCAACAACAACAAAGGUUUGACAUUUUAAAGGAAGGUUCGAGAUUAUUUGAGAUUGGAAGAAAUUAAAUUAUAAACUAUUCGCGCUAAUAAUUUAAAACUAAUUCCUAAAUAACAUGACUAAAUUAAAUGA